AAAAAAAGGACGAAAUUGGAAUACGUCAAAACUUAUAUUUGUUCGAUCAACGAUCCAUUUACGAAAUAAUUUAUGGGCUAUAUGUAAACAAAUGGGCUGAUCAUGUCAGAAGUGUUCGAUUCGUUAAACUGCAGACUCGGCAUUUGUUACAGAAUUCUAAUGACCUGAAUUUUCACAAAACAACGUCGGACGAGUUUAUGUAUUUGCUGAUAGUGAAAUGACUAAAGAGGAGCAACAGAGAUUAACGAAACCAGUGCGGGAAGUGUUCGCCGGAUCCGUUUCGUCGAAAUCGGUGUUAAUCGGUAGCUGCUUUGUGAAUGAAAAAUUGGACGAGCAAUCGGAUUUUGAAGCGGCGAUCGAAGCUACCGGAUAUGGACCUUACAAUUACCUGCUUCUAUUGGCCAUCUUUCCUGGCACAUGGGCGCAUAUUUUUGACACGACCAUUAUGUCAUACCUUCUACCGUCGAUCAAAUGCGAUCUAGAGCUCACUUUGAACCAGAAGGGGAUGCUCAACGCAGCGAUUUUCAUAGGAAUGCUCUGCACGACGUUCCUUUGGGGAUAUCUAGCGGAUGUGAGAGGGAGAAGAUCUUUUCUUUUAAUCGGAUACUUCGCGGACACAAUUUUAAACAUUCUAAGCAGCAUGUCACAGAAUUUUUACACGAUGCUGUGCUUAAAAUUCUUGUGCGGUUUGAUGAUAAGCGGGACUCGCGCGAUCAAGAUGACGUACCUGGCGGAAUUCCAUAGUACGAAGUACAGAGCAGCGACUCUCUACUGGAGCUCUUUAUUUUGUACACUGGGCAACGUAUUUCUCCCAGUCUUGGCAUGGGCGAUAAUUCCACAGACGUGGUCGGUGAGCUUGUUCAACGGAGCUUUCGUCUAUAAUUCUUGGCGCAUCUUUGUCUUGGUAUGCAGUAUGCCCUCGUUUUUGGCAUUCGUAGGGCUACUCUACUUCCCGGAAAGUCCGAAGUUUCUCAUGGCUCAAGGUAAAAACGAGCAGGCCCUGAAGAUCUUCCAGAGAAUGUACGCGCUGAAUACGGGAAAUCCGCCGGGAAUGUAUCCGAUAAAAUUCCUCAUUCGGGACACGAGCGAAACGCCGGUUGAAUCUUCGGACGGCUACAGGACAGUUUGGGAGAAAAUACGACAAGUAUCGACUCGAGUUAAGCCUCUGUUCUCCAAGCGGUAUUGUGCCCCGUUUUUCAUGAUCACCGUUCUCGAAUUUGGAAGCAUACUGAGUUUGAUAACUAUACGGCUGUGGAUGCCGCAGCUCUUUGCGAUGAUAGAGACUUACGACUUCGAUGGUCGCGAUCCAAGUCUGGGCUCCGUUACCGUCUGCGAAAUGAUCAGCGUCCGGAGUGUUACAAACGUAACUGUGGCCACGGGACCGAACUACACGGCGGUAGAAACUUGCGUGGUGCCCCCCAUACCGAUCAAAGUGUACACGAACUCGGUGAUCAUCUCAAUCUGCACCGUGCUGGGCAUCAUGCUCGCCGGUACCCUGGUCAAUUUGGUUGGCAAAAAAAAACUUCUCCUGACGACUUACGCUGUUGCCGCCGCUUGCACGAUAGCGUUAAAUUGGGCUUCAGAUUCCAAGCUUAUUCUUGGAAUAAUUGCCGUCUACAUAACGCUGAUGGACAUUUCCGUCACGACUAUUAUAAUUUACAUGGUUUGUCUGAUGCCGACGUCUCUCAGAACGAUUUCUGUGACCUUAUCGUCAACGAUUAGUUGCCUUGGACCAAUAAUCGGAAACGUCUUGUUUCCGAUUCUUCUCACCAAGAGCUGCGUGGGUCCGUUCUUUUUCAUAGCUAUUAUCCUGAUGUCCGGAUUCGUCUUGACUCUCUUCGUCCCGACGCCUCCGCCCAAGCUAUUAUAAAAUCCUCGGAAGUGCGUCAAUCUCACAAUUAG